UACUAUAUUUUUGCAACAUCAUAGUCUGAGUCUCCACUCUUCAGAGACUUAAGGAUUGACCCAAAUUUCAUAUACAAAAAAUAAAAAUCUUUUCUUUCUUUAGUGUCCGCCUAUAUAUGUGUGAUGAUAUAGCAGAAAAGAGGGGAAAAGAAAUACAACUAUCUAGCAAUGAAGAAAUGUGAGUUAUGCAGUUCAAUAGCAAGAGUAUUCUGUGAAUCAGAUCAAGCAAGUCUUUGUUGGGAUUGUGAUGCAAGAGUUCACACAGCUAAUUUCCUUGUGGCUAAACAUUCAAGAAUUCUUCUGUGCAAUUCUUGCCAAUCCCUUACCCCAUGGACUGGCUCUGGCUCUAAGCUUGGUCCCACUAUUUCAGUAUGCCAGACUUGUUUUCACAGAAAUAAUAAUGAUGGGGCACAUCAAGAUCAUGAUCAUAAUGAUACUGAAGAAGAAGAUGACGACGACGACGAUGAUGGAAGCAGUGAUGGUGAUAAUCAAGUGGUUCCUUUGUCUUCUUCAACUAUUGAUCAGCCUCGUCCUCCGUCAUUGGCGUCAAGUUCUUCAAGUAGUGAAGAAUCCACUAGCAGAUUUUACAGGAGAAAAGUAAUUGGUGUCUCCAAUUCAAGUAUUAGGAUUUCACCUAACAGAACAGAGGAAAAUGUUCGAUCCCAUUAUUGUGGCAUUUCAAGACCUGAAGAGAAGGUAAAAAGGAGUUCAUGGUCAUGGAGAUAAAGCAGGGAAUUUUUCUGAUCAAAAGAUAAUUCUGUUAUCUGAUUGAUGAAAGAAAAAAUAGUGGCAGUGAUGAUCGUUGUAUGAAUAAAUCUUGAAGAGUUGUAAAUGGCAUGUGAGUUAGCUAGUCUUUCUUGUAAUUUCCAUAUAGCUGUUGACAUCAAUCUUAGAGUUCUUACUUGGAAGUUACAUGUAUUACUUCAUAGACUAAGAAUUAUUUAUAUUUAUCCUUAUUUUUUUGGA